AUGGCGACCUUCAACCAGAUUCUCGAAAUGGACGAACCAGGAGAGUGCGAGUUCAGCCAGUCCAUCGUCGAAGGAUUUUUCGAGCAGGCGGAGGAGACCAUCACGUCGAUGAAAGAGGAACUGGAGAACAAGGAGUUGGAAAAGCUGUCUUCUUUGGGUCAUUUCCUCAAGGGCUCUUCGGCCACCCUUGGUCUGGUCAAGGUGCGAGACAACUGCGAAAAGAUUCAGCGGUUCGGCAAGAAGGAGAAGGAGGAUGGCUCCCCGCUGCCAGACGAGAAGGUGUGCCUCGAAAAAAUCGGAGAGACCCUCAAAACUCUCGAGACGGACUACGCCGACGUCGAGCAGGUGCUGAAGCAGUACUUCGAGGGGCGAGCUGCAACAGAUUAA